UUGAGGAAGGACAGUGUAGAUCGGUGAUCUUACCUCCUGUGAAUUUCUACUGAACUAUGCUUGACCAGGUGGUGCAUGUUGCUGCUGUUACAGUGCUUGGUGUGCUGGAACAAGCAUACUUUUCCUUGAAGGUGAUCUACGCCCGUCGAAAAUACUCCAUUCCCCCUCCGGCCACCACGGGACACCCCGAUUUUGAGAGGGUCUUCAGAGCACAAGCAAAUUGCACUGAAUAUUUCCCCCUAUUUGUGAUUACACUUUGGGUUGCUGGACUUUACUUUAGCCCAGCUUUGUCUGCUUUUCUUGGGUUCCUGUACAUUUAUGGAAGAUAUCAGUACUUCCAUGGAUAUGCGGAAUCUGCACAAGGAAGACUGGCCCCUCUGUACUUCACAGCGAAGGUGCAGUGGGUGCUGAUCGCCCUGUCUGCCCUCGGUGUGCUCUGCUGUAUGAGUCGGGUGUAUUUGGGUGUGGAUCUGCUUGGUUAUAUGAGUGAGGUGCUCGGCCUGAAUCACCUGGAGUGAAUGCAGGCAUGAGCAAGCUCAUUUAGUCUUAAA